UUUGGAUGCUUAUCAGCUUUUGAAAUUGAUAAGGAGAAACUGAAAAUAUAAAAUAGCUUAAAAUUUUCUCCGCCAGUUUAUGUUCCAUUCACCACCGCACAGCCAAUGAGGAAAACUCCCUUUUCUUGUUUUUCUUUAACCUCCACACAACUACUAACGCAUUUUUGGAUAUUUUAUCGAUAAAAAAUAGACAAAUUUCUAUUCGUUGGUUCCAGCCAAUCCAAAUAGAGACGCUAAGACGCAGCCGCUAAGACGCAGCCGCUAGAUCGAGACGCAAAUUGCACCUACCCUACCCUUCAUCAACUAGAAGCAGAAAAUUACGAUUAUGUCUGUUUUGAACCAAUUAGAAUACAGAUUACACUGCAUUGAUGUUUUAUUAUUUCUCCGAGAACUGUUGUUUAUUAAACAUUUUAAAAGUGAACAAAAAAUAUUUCAUAUUAUACAGUUCUGACUAAAGCAGAAAUAGUCAGUUAAGAAAAUCAUCUUUGAGUAAAACGAAUAGUAUUCUGGAAAGAAAAUGGCUGUUUGACGUUCGUUUAUUUAUUGAUAUGCAUAUUUUUUCAGUAAUAUGAAACGAAAAACAAUAAAGUACAGGAAUUUAUUUGGUUUAACUUCAUUUCUUUUAAGUUAAAUUAUUUUCGAAAUUUUCGCCUAAAAAAGAUAAUACUGUGUGCUAUCUUUUAUAAGAAAACUUUUGAAGUGUGGGCUAAGUAAUUAACUGCCCUUCUUGUUUAGCACGAUAAUUUUCUUUUCUUCAAGGAUCUACUCCGUAACUAAUAAUUUAAUUCAGUUUUAACCUGGAUUAAUUUAAUGAAUAUAAUUAAUAUAAAACUGCAUGCUGUUGUAGAUAGAACUCAUCAUCCGUUUAUAGUGUAACAUAUCAGAUAUUAAAUACCCUAUCAAACAUAUCAUCAAAAGCAUGGGUCCAAAGAAAAUAACAAAAACGCAAAUGAAAAAAGCUGGCACCAUGGUAGCUACUGCGAAUGUAUGCAUUAAACAGCAGCGCAUUUUUUGUUAAAAUAUUUUUGAUUAAAAAUUUAUUAUAGGCUGGCCAAGAGUUUUUAUCACGUACAUGGGGAGAAGAAAAACUCAAUAAAGUGAAUGCAAUGUUAGAUGAACGUGAUAAUGUUGAUGGAACAAGUGAUAGCAGAGCAACUAAUCAUGCUUCAUCAAGUACUGCCACCACAUCUGGCAGUGCAUCAUCCACCACCAAACCAAAACUAGCCAAACAUGUAACAAUGGCAGCUACAACAAAAGAAGCAAAAUCAUUAAUCGGUAGUGAAAAACUUGGAGACACCCGUUUAGAAACAAAACGUCGAAAAGCUGCAGAAGAAGCCAAAAAAGCGCUGAAAGAAGUAGGAAAACCCCAAGGACGAAAACCUAAACAACAGCAGAAGCAAGCAAAAAAACCUACUCUUAAACGAUUGGGAACGAUGGCACAAACUGCAGCAGCUGGGAAAGAAUACUUAAAGCGUGGAGGGAAAAAGCCAACAACGACUGGUAGAAAGAAAAAAGGUGGAGAAAUUUCUACUAUGCGUGAUCUAUUACGAACACAAAUACGUUGGGAAUCAACGGACGAUAAAUCAUAUAGGCUGCAAGAAUUAUUAAAAACAGAGCAAUUACCAACAAUCGUUAACAUAGCAUCAUCGUUCAAUACCGGUAGACGUUCAAUUCGCUCAAUAUUUGCACGUGAUACACCAUCGUUAUUAAUACAUCAAGAAAAAAUUGAUUCAGUUCUAGCACAAUGUCAUCAAACAAAAUAUCGACAUCGAGCAAAACUCGUAGCAGCAACGAAACUUCGUACAAUGAAGAAGCUAUCGCGUUCAGCAGCUUCUCUUGUGACAGCACAUGGUAAUGAUGGUGGUGAUGAUAGUGAUGAUGAUGAUGGUGAUUCGAAACAAGAAAAUUCAAAACAAUCAUUAUUGAAAUUAAUUGAUGAAAAUAGUCGUCAUAAAACACUUUGUCGGAUACCGCUGAACUAUUGUGGACUAUUUGAAUUAUUGAAUGAAAGUGGACUAGCAAUUGAACCAUGUAAAUAUGUAUCCGAAUUGCCACUAACGUAUAAUACUGGUGAUAAUGACGAUAAACGUUUGGAAAAAUGGCCAAAUCGUUUUUUAUUACGAAAAAAUUGUACAGGUUAUACUACUGUAAAGUUAGAUGAAGACGACACGACGAUUGGUGACAGCGAAAAAGGUCGUCAAUUAUCAUCGAGUGAUUCAUGCUAUGGUUCAUCAUCUUCCGAUAUGGUGGAUUCACAUAAAACGGUCACAUUAUUGAAUCAUAGUGAACAGUUGUAUGCUGGUGAAAUUAUCUCAAUACUUAACGUGUGUUGUGCACGGGUUUUAGCUCGAAAAAAAUCAGAUACAAGCGGUUACGGUAUAGAUGAUGAAUACUUAGACAAUAAACGAAAUCUGAAUACGAGUUCAGGUAGUACUCCAUCGUCCUGGGUCAGAAAUAUCGCAAAAUCGCGAUUUUUUCUAAAAAAGAGUAAAAAAUCGAUUCCAGUCGACGAUACAUUGGCAACGAAACGAAAUGUUGUAGAACAAUCAUCACCAACACCGACUGAACGUUAUUUAAAAUGUAAAACGGAAAAGGGUCAUAUUGUGUAUAUAUCAUUUACUGAAAAUGGUUUAUUUAGUCCAGUACAAACAUCAGAACCUAAUGAACUAGAGGAUAUAACAGGUGUAUUUAAUCUAAAAGAUUUAUUAAGAAAUUUUCGUUUACCUCUACCCGUUAAAGCGGUUACCAAAGAUGAAAUUAUCAAUUAUUUUUCCGAUGAAUAUCAUCACUCAAAUAAAUCAUCCAAUAAACUACGUCUGCUAACUCCAUACAGUGAACAUGUUGUGUGGAUAUGCCCAUUGACAACAAAUAAUUUAAUGGCAAAAAAUAAAAUUAUCAUACCAGUGCCAUUGAAAUCUGAUAUCUAUUUUUAUCGUUGUACAAACAUGAAGGAUGUGUUAAGAUCAAAACACUAUCAAGAAUUAAUUAAUAGUUGUUUUCAAAGUUUAAAACAGCAUGAAAAUAUGAUAUCGAUAGUUAAUUUUCCGUUGGAUAUAAAAUCAAUACGUCUGAGAUCGCCAUUAUUAAUCAAACAUCAGAGAUAUAGAAAUCGGUCACAAUCUCAAUUUGCAAUUCGUGAAUCGUUGACUACUACAAAUAGUUUAGAAACAUGUGAACAUCGUCAUUGUCAUUCAUACGAAAAUUUGAAUGAGAAACAUCGUAAUGCUCAUUUUUCCUAUUAUGGUUGGUCAUCAUCUUCUUCAUCUGCCGAUGAUUAUCUUCAUAAUACGACAAAAAUGGGCGAACCAUUACAAUAUCGAGAUAGUUUUGAAACAAUAAAACAAAAACUUUCAAAUUCAACAAGUUAUCAUGAACAAAAUCCACAAACAAAUAGUCGUUUGUAUUACUCACAAAAAAAUCUGGAUAAUAGUACAAAUUCACAAAGAAAUAAAUCAAGAAAAUCAUUUCCACUAACCGAUGAUUCUUAUGAGCCAUCAUCGUAUAAUCAUUUUACUCAUAAAAAAAUAAAUGAAGAUUUAAGUUACAAUGAAAUUGAUCAAUUAUACGAUUAUAUUCGAACAGGCAUUAUGUCAGAUAAUAUAUUAGAGAUAAUAAAUCCAUCAACAGAAAAUUGCUUUGAUAAUAGUGAACAUUAUUAUGAUGCUGAUGAAAGUUAUAGAACUGAUAGUUCUGAACAUUCAUUAAGUAAAACGACAAAUAAUUAUGUAAAUAUCCCUCAAUCGCCAAACAAAACGACAACAAGAAACAAGAGUGUAGAAAAUAUUCCAAAAAUUUUAAUUGCUGGAAAACAACAACAAAAAUCAAAGGUUAGUAUCAAUGAACAAACAACAAAACUCUAUUUAAAGAAUGAGAGUGCACAAAUCAGAAAAAUGAAUUUCAAUCCAGUAAAGAGAGGAAUGAGGGGCUGUCUGAUACCACCAGUAUUUAGAGCAACUCAUGUUACAUGUAUGAAAAAAGGAUGGGGGCGCAUUUGA